CCCAAGCACUCAGGACAGAGGCUAGGCGGGCUCCUUCCUGCAGCCUUGCUCUUGGGGCACUGGGCUCUUCAGUUCCAAUAGGGCCAGAGAGGGGGAGGGGGCAAACCGUCCCUGCUUCCCCCAGCUCCGUGGGGCUGCCCGGGGUGAAGGUGACAGGUGGGGGAGGCAGGUGGAGAAUUGGGCCAGUGAGCUCAUGGCAAAGGCGCCCAGCAGGGUGGGGGUGGGUGGCCUGGCUUAUAAAGCCCCCGAGGCCCUGUGGCCUGCAGAGGCUGUUAUAGACGGCACCAUGGAGGGCUCUGAGGCGGUGCAGAGGGCCACGGCGCUUAUUGAGGAGCGCCUGGCAGAGGAGGAAGAGAAUGAGAAACUCCGAGGAACUGCCCAGCAGAAGCUGCCCAUGGACAUGCUGGUGUUGGAGGAUGAGAAGCACCACGGGGCUCAGAGUCCGGCCUUACAGAAGGUUAAGGGCCAAGAGCGUGUGCGCAAGACAUCCCUAGAUCUUCGGCGGGAGAUCAUUGACGUGGGUGGGAUCCAGAACCUCAUCGAGCUGCGGAAAAAACGGAAGCAGAAGAAGCGGGAAGCACUGAUGGCCUCCCCGGAGCCACCUCCAGAGCCCGAGGAGAUCACUGGCCCUGUGGAAGAGGAGACAUUCCUGAAAGCGGCCGUGGAGGGGAAAAUGAAGGUCAUUGAGAAGUUCCUGGCCGAUGGGGGUUCCCCGGACACCUGUGAUCAGUUCCACCGGACAGCACUUCAUCGAGCUUCCCUGGAAGGUCACAUGGAGAUCCUGGAGAAGCUUCUAGGCCGUGGGGCCACUGUGGACUUCCAGGAUCGGCUGGACUGCACAGCCAUGCAUUGGGCCUGCCGCGGGGGCCACUUGGAGGUGGUAAAGCUCCUGCAAAGCCGAGGAGCAGACACCAACAUGAGGGACAAGCUGCUGAGUACCCCCCUGCAUGUGGCAGUCCGGACAGGGCACGUGGAGAUUGUGCAGCACUUUCUAUCCCUGGGCCUGGACAUCAAUGCCAAAGACAGAGAAGGGGACAGUGCCCUGCAUGAUGCUGUGAGGCUCAACCGCUACAAAAUCAUCAAACUGCUGCUCCUGCAUGGGGCUGACAUGAUGACCAAGAACCUAGCAGGAAAGACUCCCACGGACCUGGUGCAGCUGUGGCAAGCUGACACCCGGCAGGCUCUGGAGCACCCUGAGCCCGAGCCAGGGUCGGAGCAGAACGGGCUGGAGGGUCCUGCCGAGAGUGGGCAGGAGCCCCCCCAGCCUGUGCCAGCCCAGUAAACACCUGCCCCAGACCAGCUGGGCACCCGGGCUGUCCCCUGCAUGCAGCCAGAGGGUCAUAAGAACGGCCCCCAGGGCCGAGGACCCUGCCAUUCCUCUGCGUACGAUCCGGGACACCCACAAGCUAACUGCAAUAAAAAAGUCGUUUUUGCUA